GAGAACAACUGAUACUGAUCGAAGGAACUCACAUUCUUUGUAAGUAAGAGGUCUAAAGUCGCAUCUGCUUACUCCGUUUAUUCUGAGAGCCUAUCAUCCUUGAUCCCGCAAAAAUGGGUCCUCGUGGACGGGCUUUCCCUCGGCGCCGUUCGUGCGCUGCGCGUAUGGCAGUCAUGGCCAGCGCGGCAGCGUCUGUGCCCGGAGUCAAGAUGACAACGCGUGAGAAGUUCCUUCCUGUGGCAUGCAUCGGCGGGUGUGCUGGAAUGGGAGACGAGGCCGCAGCGGCCGCAACUUCCUCGGUAUUUUUGCUUUUUCCAUGUCUAGAAUUAUAACUCCUUCUAUGUAUAGUAAGGGUAAGCUGAUUAUUUUUAUGUUUAUAUAUACCAGCACUAAGUAAUUCUAAUAAGUACCAAUAACACCAAGUGACGUCGGUGCACCAACCUGGCGUCCUGAGCUGAUUAAGACCUUGAGCUUGAGUUUGAACUUGGGCGCUACGAUGGGCAUCAUGGUUUAGAAUCCUGCUUGUACUCAAGAGAGAUUUGGUAAUCCGAAAGACGCGCUAUUUCAGUUCGUGCAGUUUUAGUACGAGUUGUCCUUGUCAACAUGAUUUCACUUCUCAGCAUCUUCUGGAUUUUUAUACUUGGUUGCAGCCCUUCAUCUCAACUAGUUGUAUAGUUUAGUAGAAGAUUCAGUUUAGACAUCAUGAUAUACGUUUUCAUAAUCAUAGUCAUGAGUUCUCACCUCUCCUUAGGGUAGGCGAGCCGAUUCCUAUCCUAUCCCAUUUCGCUUUCUUUCGCGAUUGAAUCGACGACCACUGCCUAGGUUACUGCUCGCGCUGCGUCAUCUGCGAUCACGGGGGCUUCGGUAAACUCCGCGUCUGGCCGUGGUGGACCUGUUACUGGCAAUGGGGUAAGGCCUACAUAGUAGAACUAUUGUGCUUAAGCUCUAUUUGCAAAAAAUCUCGUUGCACGGAGUAUACGACGAAGUAGACUAUACAGUUUUUAGUGCAGAAGAUACACACAAGAACAACUACUCUUGAUCGAUGUGGUAACACCUGCAACAACAUUUAUUUGAUAUCAUCCCAACGAGGCCGCACAUCUCUACUGUAGUGCGUAAGGCUUGUAAGACCCUUCCGCCCUGCCCCGGCGUGUGUACAUGCCGGGGGCACGUGGGCGGUGCUUUUAUUUGAUGUCAUCCCAAACCCAACGUAGGCGCCACAGCGGCAAUAUUGCAGACUGCUCACGUGUUCCCAUGUCGGCCCCUUCCUUCACUUCCUAACCUCGUGCUCGUGUUCGAUUUUUGCUGGGCUCAUGAAUGAUGCUGCGUCUUGUUUGUCUUUGCGGUUUUCGUGUGCUUUCAUUGUCUUUGUGGAUUAUCGCUUUGAUGCUAGUUUACAUUCAUAGGAGUUUGCGUUUCGGCGGUUCUUGUAGUUGUCAAAAAGUGACAAGGGCUUGUUAGCUCUCUAAUACAUACUAAACUAUUUGAUUAACCAUUUUUGACGAUAUAAAGACUUAUGCCCUCCAGUAGGCACACGUAUAAUUGUGUCGCGCCACAUCCGGGGACCUAGCUCGUAAUAGUUUUGCAUAUUCGAUUCGCAAGUGGCACCUGAUGUUGGUUGCCAGUGUUGGAAUGAUUUUUGCAAGUGCAAGUGGCGCUUGCUGGUUGCUAGUGUUUUCAUAGUCUUUCGCGGGUGGUAGUAUGGAACAACUGCUCGAGCAAGUGCAUCCUCAUGAUAUUCAUAAGGUUUGACUUCAAUAAAUUCAAAAAUAUCAAAGACCUCAAGCAGUGGUGACGCCCUUACUUUUCGACACAUACUAGUCUUCACUAACACUAGUGGUCACAAUACUCCUAAUCGUUCGUGCCUCAUAUUGCCACUCAUCAUUCCAGGAAACCGCCAUGACGCUGCGUCCUCAUCAUGAGGCAGUCCUGGCCCUCGCGCCGGAUCAGAUUCAUCAGCACUCCUUUCUGGACGAGGCCAAGAACGGCAAUUUUAACAAAGUGUUCGAGAUGCUUGACGCAAACAGAGACUUGGUCGAUGUUCGAGCCGGGGAGGCUGAACGCGACACGGCGCUUAUGUUUGCUGCGCACUGGGGCGAUUUCGAUGCGGCUUCGAAACUUCUGAUCGACUAUCAGGCCGAUGCGACGCUGACGCGCCGACAGGGUGCGACCGAUUGUGGAGGGUGUAGUGCGGCAGAGAUCGUUUACCAAAGCUUGGCGUUUGAAAAAUUUUUGCGGAAUCCUACGCCAGGAGCAAACGAAAAAUUGUUCGAAAACCAACUUCAAUAUGCCAUCACGCAUUUGCAUUUGCAAGAGGCGGGCAUCGUGCCUACAGCGAAUGGGUUCGACUUACACGGGACAGAUGACAGCACCUUGGAAGGCAGGAGGCCCCACAAGCUACCUGCACCCGGCGAAGCCGGUUCGACGUUCGUGGCCUGGUUCAGCGAGCGUUUUGGUGGUUUAGUGGUGCAGAGGGAAACGGAUUUCAACAAACAGGAAGAGGCGAAUAAGAUAUCGUUCGAGAAAGGCUCUGCGAAGGUACACGCGAGCAUCUUUGAUUCCCUAGAGCUUCUGAAUCAGGCCAAAAUGUCUGUCACCCUUUUCGCGUUGCAGCUGCGCUUGAGCAAGGCAAUGGUGUCCUCUAUCAUGUAUCUGAAAGACAAAAGUGUUUUGCCUUCAGUAGAGGAUGCGAGGGCCUUAGAGAAAACAACCUCCACGGACUUGGUCGGUCAGCGCCCGUGGCUUCUGGAUUCGUCCGUCAAAGAAGGUAUGAAAUUCGCAGCAUGGUUCAGCAAAGUAGCCUAUGGGGAUUAUAGUUUGAAGGUGCAACUCGAAGAGAAUUUCAAUGCCGGCCUCGACUCGAAGAAGAUAUCGUUCCAAGCUAACCCGCAGCCUGGACCAAUCGCUAACCAGGAGUUCGAGCACACGUUUGGGGGUCACCCUGCUGCGCAGAGCAAUUUGCUCCAGGCCAGAUUGUCUGUGAUUCGUUUCGCAGUAGAACACCUGAUCAAGAACCAGCACACUGGUGGGCCUUCUGGCGUCCAUGACGUGCGCGAGCCCGACAUGAGUCCCGGACAAAUCAGAGGUCAGAGCUUUAUUUUCGCCGCGAGAUUCAAGAACGACCCAGAGGGCGAGCGGGGCAUGGCGCUGGCCUAUCCGAUGCAGGAUGGAGUGGAGAACACCGCGACGCAUGUCAAGGUGCUCGUUGUGCCGUUCUCCCCAGCGCCGUCUCCGUCUGCUUCUGCAGUGGCCAUCAUGAAUGUUGCCAAAACGGAACUCGUUCUCUCUCUGGCGUUUCCGGAGCGGGGGCGUGGACGUGGAAGCCAGGCGACAAUUGACAGCCUCCAGUUCCACUCCGAGUCCGGCAAGCCACAUGAAGUAAGCGGGGUUAACAUCAGGUUUGAAGAUAACGGAGAAGUGCGAUUUUUUCCUUCCGCCGAGUGCGCGGUCUUUUUCGGGUGGACUGCCGGGUUUUUGGUGGGGCAAGCAGAUGGCGCGCAGGCUCGGCCCGUGGACAUUGUAUUCGCCCGUAAUGAUGUUCCCGCGAAAUCGAUCGUGUGGGUUCACUUUACCAUCACUAGCCCGUAUGUUCGUCAUGAGCGUGUCCCCCUUUUUGACGAAAGGGGAAAAAAACCCCAAAUCGCGAAGCUGUUUGCGCAGAAUGCGUUCUGAUGAAAGCGCUGCAGAAUAAUCCACAACUUACCUGGGCUCACUUGAUCUCAGGCCAAGUUCCAGGUAUUGCCCUGCAUGAUGUUUUUUUUUCAACAAGACGACGGGGGAGGGGCUAUGCGUAGAAGCUGCGGCCUAUCCAAGAAGUGCAAAAGCAGAGCUCUCCUCGCUAUCUUGUUGCUGUUUUCACCUCCAUAUUUAAUACUUUUUAUUAAGAGUAAUAUCAUGUGACCUUGUUAGUGUUAGACCAGUAAAAAAAGAAUGAUUUACAUUCAUUAGAAAUAAUGCGACUGCGAGGAGAUGUACUAGAUGAGUCUGUCAGUUUGGAAGGACAGUCCAACUGAAGAGCUUGAGUAUGUAAAAGCGAAGAACUACAGAAAGGAAACGCUGACUCGAGCAGCAAAAGCAAGCACUGACUCGACUGCGACUUGACUUGUUUUUCAACAAAAAGGUCGCUUGGGCUUGGCGCCAUCUUCACACACUCUGUAGAUAGAAAAUUUGGGGAAUAUCAUGAUAUUAGGAAGAUCUACGCCUAUUAAGAAUGAAUGUUUUGAAUAAAAAAUGAAGUAUAGAUGAGUUAGGGUGCAAGACAAAAAAUGCAUAAUGAAAUGAAGGGGUUUUCAAGAUGAACUUUCCCCAUCGCCGGUUUCUUCGCAGAAAAAAAACAAAAAAGAAGAAGCCAACAAAAUUGUUUUGAAAAAAACAUUAUAAGUGACUGAAAGCCUGCUUCGAGUGCUAGUUUGCUAGUGCUAGGCUUGGAAUUUACAGGUGACAAACAGGAACAAGAUGACGCUCAUUUCUAUCAUGAAUAUCGUCGGGUGGGACAGAGGAGAAAGCACUACAGGACAAAAUAUUAGGUGAAAGAUCGCUGCCUUCUUGGCUCCACUUGUUCUGAGGUCUAGGCUUUGAUAGAUGUUACUCUUUUGAAAAGACAAUCUGGCCUUUGGUCUUCCACGGUCCAUCUUAAUAUUAGGUGAAAGAAUUAUCACACACAUCGUCUCACUGAGAAGGUGGCUCGUCCAUGACUUGUAUGUCAUAAUGUCUGUUAGGUGGUUACGUUGAACUGCGACAGCGACACACACAUGACGUCUGCAAUGCCG